AUGAAGGUCCUGCCGGACACCACGUGGGCGAGGAAGAGCCCAUUUUCAUGGAUCAAUUGGUCGCCGAAUUUCAUGCCCCGUCCUUUGCAAUUGCCGAUAUUCAGGAAGAAGGACACCCUCUCACUACAAAGAUGUGUGAUGAUGUGUACUCUAUCUAGCACGAUGAAGACAUCUUGUGUUCUAGCUGAAUUCAAACAUUCGCCAAUAGGAGAGCCCAGCGAGAAGGCCAUCAGGUGCAAAAAGUAUGUCGGGUGGACUACCUUCCGAUCGCUUCGCGAAGAGUACCUUAUGUGGUUCAACUCUCUGGCUGGGCCAGACACGACUGUGCCGGACACAACCCCUGCCUGUGUGACUACGUUCAGAAAGGUUGUCAAGAGCUGGAAGAAAUACAUAGGUUUUCGCAAAGAGUCCCAGCAUGCAAGGUGGGAACAAUAUGCACCAGGCCCAGUUCGCGAAGUCGUCAUCAAAAGCAACCACAAGCACAGCAACGACGAGCAUGGUCGUGAUGCAGAAGCCAGCCAUAAGCCGGACAAGAGAACUGCAACGGGAACAGCAGCACAACCCAAGGCAAAGAAGCAAAAGAAGCCCCAAGGCACAGAGGUCAAGCCUGCCCCACCCACAGCAGGCAAUGAUUUGCCUGAAGUCCCACUGCCCCCAGAUGACAGCGGCAACAUGCUUGGUCCCACUGGAGCAGAAUCUUCUAUGCCGCCAGGCCCUGUCCCAGAGCCUGCUGCACCGGAGAACCCCCAAGCUGCAGCUGCCCCAGCUGCCGAGGAUGGAGCUCCUGCCGAAGUGUGGGACCCCUCCA